AUGGCCCUCGCUACAUUUGGAAUCAUCACUCGCCGUUGGAAACCAACCUACUUAUCAGUCGAUAGCUAUAACUCUUACCGUGGUUUAUCAGAUCAUAUACCAGAAAAUCUAUUUCUCGAGCGCAUUACAGAUCUAAACCUAUUCAUCGAAAAAAACUACCCUCAUGUUUAUCCGGAUUCAUAUAUGUUCCUUGUUGCAAUCAUCCUCAUCAUACUUGCAGCCGUAUUCUCAAUUGUGACUAGAGUUCUCGACAUAUCCCUCUGGUACCCUCUUCUUAUUCUCAUUGCUCCUGCCCUCAUUGCAUAUUGGACUACAAGAAGACGAGGCUUCUAUUAUCUUCGAUUGAACAAGUUUUACGAUUCUUUAUACACACACCUCAAAGAAAUCAGCUCAAAUGAUGCACCUCAUCACAUCCGGUGGGGCUAUCGAAGACUGAGAGACGACGACACCGCAGAUACACUUCACCUAACACAAGAUAUCUCUCAUUGGCGGAUUGCAUUUGUAAUUGAAAUUAUCCAACUUGAUCCUGAAAUCGAUCACUCUCACAACGGCCAAGAAGUGUUGCCAGCUUACAACGCAGCUUCUCAGGAUGUCGUUCUUGACAUUGGUCCAGAUAUCAUAGUACGACCAACUGCCGAGCAACAUAACGGAGACCAGGAGGAGGGGGCUGUUCAGGGGAUCACAACCACAACCAACACCAUCAGCAACAGAUCCGCCACAAAUGAUAACAAUACCCUGAUGGCCGAGCCUCCUACAUAUCGCCAAUCCAUAGACUUGGGAACCCCUCCACCUUACCUCCGUCCACCCCAAGAUUAA